CGUGUGAGUUCAUGCUUGUAAUUAAAUUUAAGAAGAAACGAUUCAAACGAUUAAUCGUUACACUACCUACUUAUACUGUAAGUAUAUACACACGGCAGUUCAAGAAAAAUUUUUUAUCUCCCUUCACCAGCUUUUUUUACUUUUCGUCAUCCUGGUGUGCGUAGGAUUAGAUAUAGGUUCGCAUUCCCGUUAGAACAUUUAGAACGUUACUUUAACCGACUUUAAACUUAAACUAAUCAAAGUGGACGCCAUUCGUCUCUCGAUCGUCGUCAUCGUGGAAUGAGUUGGACGACGACGACAAGACGAGGCAAGAGGAGGCGAAAAAAGCUCGAGCUUUUGAAAAGCUUCGUCACGAAAAACCAAGAACGGAUAACAAUAUUGAAUUCAUCUCAAUGAGUCGAGCAGCGGACGGUAAUCGUCAUCAGGCGUCUUCGAAGCAGUCGGUGUGCUGACGACGACAACGGAGGUUAUGCCGAGCAAACUCUGCCGUUGUUUUUGCAUCACAGGAGCCGGAUGGUUGUUUGAGAUUCAAUUUGAGUUUUGAUGACUGAAUCACACAACGAGAAGAGCGCGGCGUCGUUGACUCGACACUGCUCUUGUCCCCGAGAUGAUCGAGAUCACCGCGAAAUUGAUGAACGGCUCGACUUUCUUCUCCAACGAAGUGAUCGAGUGCAUGGUCACUUUCAGCUGUCCGGCUGGAUCUGCCAACUCGACGACUUUGGCCAGCAAUGACGAAAGUCAAGCUAACAGUGAUCCAUCUGAAAAUCUUGCCUGGGCCAGUGUUCAGAUACACUGUCAGUGUUCGAUAAACGAGAAACUCAUUGCUGGUGAUAAAAUUAAAAAAGAUACCAAACCCGUUGCUGUUAAUACUGAUACUACGUUUGCACCAUCGUCAAGUGACAAUGGACACGCAGUGUUGAACAGUAAGCCUAAAAUCUUAUUUUGUGAUUUAAAGUUGUCACCAGGAGAGAGUAAAUCUUUUGUAUAUAAAGAAACCAUUCCAAGUGAUUCACCUCCCUCGUACAGAGGACAGGCUGUUAAGUAUUCUUAUAAAAUAACUAUAGGAGCUCAGCGCGUCAAUUCACCAAUCAAAUUGUUAAGGAUACCAUUCAGAGUGUUGUCUUUAAAAGGNAGCGAAAAUGUUUUUUUUACCGUCAACCUUCUGGACAUGCAUUUUCUUUUUUUCCGGCUUUACCCAUCAAUUAUGUACAUCUAUGUACAUCUGCCGAUCGUUUAA